AUGACAAGCUAUAGACCUACUAAGUGGGUUAGUUGGCUCUCCUUAGCUGAGUGGUGGUUCAAUUCUACAUAUCAUUCCAGUCUCAAGCUUACUUCCUUUCAAGCCUUAUAUGGAUACAAUCCUCAGCAGUUUGGUCUUUUUUCUCAUAAUCCAUCUUCCAAUGGGACUGUGACUAUCUUCAGAAAAGGCAAGCAAUGGGAAAACUUCAGUUCAACUCAGGAGGAAUUUGAAGUUAUCUACAAAAUUUUUGGCCCAUAUCAGAUUCUUGCAAGACUGGGAAAAGUGGCAUACAAGAUCAAGCUUCCUACUAACUGCAAGAUUCACCCAGUGUUUCAUGUUUCUCAAUUAAAGCCAAAGCUUGGAGCAGGCCUACUUACACAAACCACACUACCCUCCUUGGAUUCAAAUGGGAGCAUGAAGGUUACUCCAUUUAAGGUCCUGGCCACCAAGACUGUCAAGAAACAUCAACAAUUAGUGGAGCAGAUCUUAGUAAAUUGGACACACUCUUCUGAGGCUGAUGCUACUUGGGAGGACAAUUCUGUCAUCAAAAAGCAGUUCCCAAAGUUCAUUCUUGAGGACAAGAAUCAAAUUGAGUAG